AUUGCGGGCUCGUUACAUUGCAAGAUUUCAAAAUGGCGGCCGCCGCUCGUGAUUCUUCCCGAUUUGCUGGUGUAAAAACCUUUAGCGAGAAGUUCUCUCAACCAGAGGUAGAUGCGGAAGGAAAAGUUAGAAAGAUUGAGACCCGGGAAGAUGAAGAACAAAACAUUAAAAUGGCAGAAACUGUGGAACUUCUCCUGGCUGCAGGAUACUUCAGAGCAAGAAUCAAAGUGCUGUCACCAUUUGACAAGGUUGUAGGUGGCAUGACAUGGUGUAUAUCAGUCUGUGACUUUGACAUAGAUGUGGAUCUUCUUUUUCAAGAAAAUUCCACCAUUGGACAAAAGAUAGCCUUGACUGAGAAGAUUGUUGCUGUGCUUCCACGCAUGAAAUGUCCUCAUCGACUUGAACCCCAUCAAAUCCAAGGCUUGGAUUUUAUCCACAUUUUCCCAGUGAUCCAGUGGCUGGUGAAGAAGGCAAUUGAGAGAAAAGAAGAAAUGGGUGACUACAUCAGAGAGUUUUCUGUGUCACAGUUCAACAAGUUUCACUCAACUCCACAGGACUUAGAAUUUAAUACAAAGAAGCCAAAGUGUAUAAUUGGAAUGAAAAGCCUCAAGGAUACCUAUAAACCACAGAGAAGAUAUCGCAAACCAGAAUCCAUGGCACAAACUGACGAAGAAACCCAGGUUAGGACAACACUUUUGGAGUAUGGCUGGCAAUAUGGGUUCAGCAAGGAACAGAGAGAUAAGGAGAAAGAACAGGCAGAAAAGAAAAAAGCUGCUGCAGCUGCAGUGCCAGGAAAAAUGCAACCAGUAUCCACUGGUGAAGAGGAUGAAUAUGUUGUUGAGCAGAAACGUCUGAAAUCAUUGCUGAAAGGAAUGUCUGCUAUGGAAGGAAAUAAGGGUUCACUUUCAUCGAGUGCAGUGGGCUCCAUUGUAGGUCUGCAAUCAGAUGAGAUCUCCCAGAUUGCCUCAGAGUAUGCUGAAAGGCAAGCAGAACUGCAGGGAAACAUGGAAGCCCGGGGGGAGCGAAUGGGAGGUGAACAGGCUCACAAAAGGAUGGUAGCAUCACUUGAGAAACAGAUUGCUGUACAGGAGAAGAAACUUGAACAAGUGCAAGAGAAGCAUAACAAACUGCAAGAAACUUUGUCUGAGGCAGAGGAACAGCUUUCACAGGCUGUAGCUCGUGGAGAGAGAAUCAGCGAGGAAAUGGAGAAGUUCAAUCAAAUGGAAAGUGAAGAAAAUGCAAGCAUUCUUCAAAAGCUUCGUUCCAUUGUCGCCAUGAAUGAGAAUUUGAAGAAACAAGAGCAACAAUUCAGGUCGCACUGUAAGGAGGAAAUGGCUCGCUUGCAGGACAAUUUGGAAAAACUGAAGUCUCAAGGCUCUGAAGAUGAUAGCGAAGAGAAGGUACUGUACCGAGGUAAACCAAGUGAUAAAAUAAAAUCAUUUUAUCGAAGACUCAUCUGUGUCUUCUCUUUUUUUUUUCAGGAAAGAUUGGAACUGAUCGGCAAACAAUACGAGGCCGAUAAAGCAAAAUUGGAGAAAAUAAGACUUCUGCUGGCUCGAAAGAACCGAGAAAUAUCUUCACUUCAGAGGAAGAUUGACGAGGUGCCUUCUCGUACAGAGCUGACUCAAUAUCAGAGAAGAUUUGUGGAACUCUACAAUCAUGUGGCUGGAACUCAUAAGGAAACGAAGCAGUUUUUCACUCUAUACAACACUUUGGAUGACACCAAGCUGUAUUUAGGGAAGGAGGUUAACUUGCUUAACUCCAUCCAUGAUACCUUUGAACAAGGUAUGUCAUCUCCAACGAACAAGGAACAGUUCCUGAAGCAGUUUGACAGCAUUGUGAAGGGAAUCGUGGAUAAUAAACAAAGGAUUGAGAAGAAGAAAGCUGUAGAGAAACAACGUAGAGACGCCUUGAAUCAGAAGUAUCUUGAUAUAGUGGAGCAAGAGAGAUUGUACUUCAAAACAGUAAAAGAUUUUACGGAGGAAUGUCAUAAGAAUGAAGUCCUCUUAUCCAAGCUCAAAAGUCUUCAGAUUUCCUAGUUCCUAAGGGCGUUUAUGAACAAAAGACAAAAAAUGGAAUAAGAGAUAGCCUGUCUUAAAACUUGCCUUGAAAAUUACAAGAGAAACCAAGUUUGGUAUACAGAGCUGUUUGGGAAAAAGCACAGAUUAAUUUGAUUCUUGGUGGGAAAGACAAGGGUAAAACGAGAUAAAAGAACGAAAUACUUCUAAUCAAUAGUUAUUUUUUUAUUCAAUAAAUGUCUUCAUCGUU